AUGCGUCUUCUCCUCGCCGCAUCGCCACCAGAAGAAGCGUCUAUGUUUUUGAAUUUUGUUUUUUCCUUUUUCAGUCAAUCUGGUUGUGAAACAAAAGCCAGAUCACAAAUGGAGGACAUUGAGGCGGAAGACAAGAGCCAUAUGAGCGGCUCGGUGUCGUCUUUACCAGAGAACUAUAGCAGCAUCAACAGGAACGAAACUCAUGAUGACUGCAUGAGCAAAGACCAUCAAUGCAUCCACACUAGAGAGAGGCCAUACAGCUGUGACCACUGUGAGAAAAGAUUCAUCAGAAAAGGCGAUCUGAUGUCCCAUCAACGCAUCCACACUGGAGAGAGGCCAUACAGUUGUGACCUCUGUGAGAAGAGAUUCAUCAGGAAAAGCGGACUGAUGUCCCAUCAACACAUCCACACUGGAGUGAGGCCAUACAGCUGUGACCACUUCUGACGUGUUUAGCCAAUACGGCGGUUGCCUGAAGCUGAUCUGUGGAGGAGACGACUGACAUCGUCCAUCUGAAG